AUGCCUAUUCUAGUGGCACCCGUCAAUGAUCAACAAUAUCACAUGCCACCCGGUUUCCCUUGGGGCAUGCCUCACUGUUAUAUGCCAACUAGAUACCACCCUCAAAACGCUGAAGCUCCAAUAGUGACUGUUGUGAUGUAUGUACCUUCUCCUGUGGUGCAUACGACUCAUUAUAAUGAAGAAAACGUUUAUCACGCGGCUCCAAGCGAAGUUGUGGGAGUAGAUGAAAUGUUAGAGGGAUUUCAAGACCAGUUCUUAGAAAUGCAAAUGGAAAUCAACGCUCUUCGAGGUAAAGAUCUUUUUGGCAAGACCGCUUCCGAACUCUGCUUGGUUCCUAAUGUUCAAAUUUUGCCCAAAUUCAAAGUACUAGACUUCGAUAAAUACAAAGGAAAUUCAUGUCCUCAAAGUCAUUUGGUGAUGUAUGCUAGGAAUAUGUCCACUCAGACUGACAACCAUCAACUUCUGAUCCACUACUUUCAAGACAGUUUAACUGGUGUCGUUCUUAAGUGGUGGCGUAGAAUUGCUGCACAUAUUUGCCUUCCACUUGAAGAGAAAGAUAUGACUAAAACCUUUUUGAAAACUCUGAGUUCAUUCUACUAUGACUGUAUAAUCGCUAGUGCACCUAGUGAUUUCACCGAGAUGGUAAACAUGGGUAUGCGACUUGAGGAAGCAGCCAGAGAGGGACGUUUGACUAAGGAAGCCGGUGCUUCUAGUCAUGUUAAGAAAUUCACCAAUAAUUUCUCCAAGAAGAAAGAAUCGGAUGUUAGUGUCAUUUCAUAUGGCAGACAAAGAAGAAAGUAUCAACAUGUUAUAGUCGUUUCACCAGUCAUUAGUCCACCAAUGGUAGCGCAAUGUUUCAGCCACAACUCUCGCAUCAACAUCAACAACAAAUUGUUUCCGGCGCUGCUAGCUAAAAAUCAUGUCUAUACAAGGUCUCCACCACCCGUGCCAAAGGACCUUCCCUAUUGGUACAAGGCAAAUCAAUUUUGUGCUCACCAUCAAGAGGCACCAGGACACAACAUUGAAAAUUAUUUUGGUCUAAAGUCAAAUGUUCAGAGGCUCAUCAAGAGUGGUAUCCUUUCAUUUAAGGAUAUAAACCCCAAUGUUCAAGUUAAUCCUCUACCGCAACAUGGUUCAGCCUCAGUUAACAUGGUAUAUGGUUGCCCGGGAAAUUUCCGGAUCUAUGAUGUACGGUUGUUGGGCGAGAACUUAGUAAAGAAACACGCCAGAUAUAACAAGAAUGGUUUUAUGCCUCCACAUAAUUAUGCCGCUUGCAGGGUCCUCUGUUCUAGGAACUCUCAAACAUGCCUAACUGUUGUAACGGAUCUCCAGGAUCAAAUGGUCCAAGGUUACAUUGUAGCCUACCAAGCCAGAGAUUAUAAUCAGGUCAAUAUGGUCAAUAGUGACAAUGAAGUGAAUGUCAUAGUUCCUCAGUUCAACGACUCCGAGCCUAUACAAAUUACUUAUGACAGUCGGAGGACUUCUAUGACUCCUCUGGUCAUUAACUUAACGGACCCAGUUCCAUACUAG